AUGGCCUGGGAGAAAGAAAUCAGUUUAGCAGACGCUUUACAUAGCAAUGCACACGCCGAAGGUCUGAAUCUGUACCUGGCCAAAUUUCCGACCCUGGCACGAUGGUACAUUGACUCCCGGGAGUGGGAGGCCCAUGGCUUGGAUCUUCCCCUGCUGGAAGCACUACGUCCCGCCGAGCAAGAGGCCGUGAAGAGGUUUCAUUUCGCUGCAGAUAGACGCAUGUCUCUAUCCUCACACCUACUCAAGUAUCUCUACAUUCACCAUGCCUGCGGGGUGCCAUGGAAAGACAUUGUCCUCAGCCGCACGCCGAUGCCCGAGAACCGCCCUAUCUAUAAUUCAUCCCCCAACAUCAAAAUCGACUUCAAUGUCAGCCAUCAAGCAGGUCUUACCACCUUGGCUGGAGUGGAAGCCCCGGAUCACAAGCAGUAUGAAGGUCAAUCAGAGGCCGAGUCUUCACCGCUUCCUCGCGUAGGUAUCGAUGUUACAUGCGUCAACGAGCAUCGUCGCAAAAAGGUCAGCACUUUGAAAGAAUUUAUCGAUCAUGUUUCAAUGUUCACAGAGGUGUUUUCGGACGCUGAGCUUGAAACUAUGAAAGACCCUGUAUCGACCCUUCGCCGAGCUCGGAAGCUCGGCAUGGCAAAUGCAUUUUCCUUAGUGGGCGAGGAUGAAGCCAACUCGAAAGUCUAUUCUGACGAGACAAUUGUUCGGUAUGGAAUGCGUAUGUUCUAUUCAUAUUGGGCCCUCAAGGAAGCGUAUCUUAAAAUGACGGGUGACGCCCUCCUGGCGCCGUGGGUGCGGACAUUAGAAUUCACAGAUGUCAUCCCACCUGAUCCCGUGGAGCCGCUGGUUGCACCAAAACCUUACGCAAUUCCACAAAGUCCAUCGGACAUCCUGCAAUCACCGAAGAACUGGGGUGCCCCGUACAGCGGGGUAACGGUCACCAAGGCGGGAGAGCAGAUCAUCGAUGUUCGUCUGCAACUUGUCGCCCUCGAGUCAGACUACAUUGUGGCUACAGCUGGACUCGGACCACCCGUUGGUGUGGUUCCUCGUUUCAGCCUGAAUAGUGGCAAGCACCAUCUACCAGGCCUGAUCAGGGUUCGCUCGGGGGAAACUGUGGAGGACCACCCUAUUGCCAUCAGUACCAAAAAGGUAGUUGGGGAUAUGGACCCUUGGAAUGUCCCGUUUCCCAUCAUCGAUCCAUGGCUUCCAUUCCAAGAGGUUGAUGUCAAUAUUGAUAUCCGACCCUGUGCGGAAGGCCGCUGCAUUCACCCAGAGGACCCUAGUCUGGUUUUGGCACGUGUAUCCGCUGCAUAA